GUUCAUAAACUUAACGUAUUUCAUUCUUGCCUCUCAUUUGAUUCUAACUCAUAAUUUGGUUGAUUUUUGGCAGUUUUCCAAAAAAUCUUAAAUUCUAUUCUGUUUAAAAGAUCUGCACGGUGUAAACUACACGUGAAAACUGAAGACCAUUAUUAGGUCAGGUUAAAUUUACUCUCAAACUCCACACUGCGAGCUGAACAAUGACAUAAUUGCAGGCCAUUUGAGUGAAUGAGGAAGCAUUAUUCAAGCUGCUCUAAUAAUUCUCUUAACUCGUUGAAUCGUUGAUGCUGGUUAUAAAAAUUGUGAACGGCAUUAUCAAUAAUUAUUAGCGUUUGUUUUAUCUUUUGACUCAAGAGCGAAAGUAUAUUAUUUGAUGCGUUUUAACAAUGGACUUCAAUUAUGACCAGUAUAAGAGUAAUUUUAGCUCUAUACUUUUUGUAAAAUGAGACCCAAAUAAUCUAUAGGAGCAGGGGUUUCAUGUCGCUUGUACGGUGUCGUCUACACAUAUAUAUUUGAGCAUCAUGGAGUAACGUGUGCUCAUAGCUGGAUCUACAACGCCCGGUAGUAAAGGUGAUAAACAGAGAGAUUGUUGUUGCUAGUGUACCGUCUAAACAUCCUUCAUAAACCCCCUGCACCAACUUGUUGUGCUCCACCAGGGGCCUCAUCUCUACUUUACUCUUCCUGUUUCCUCCCCAGUCUUCAAGAUGUUUGUAACGAGAAAAGUUCUUAUCGGAGCUUUACUGACACUGCUUUGUUUUGGUGCUCUGAUCUAUAGUACGCAGUUCUCUAGUAGCGUGUUAAACAAUAUUCAAGGAGGAGAAGAUAUUGUUAUAGAGAUUUCUUCUGAUUCGGAUGUUAGCAAAAAGGGAGUUACAGAAGAGACGACCCCAAACCAACCACCUGAUACAGAAUCAGAUACAGAAUCAGAUGCAGAACCGGCAGAAAAUGUCCAAGUAGUUGAGAAGCCCACAGUUGACCUAGCUAUAUCAUCUCCACAGCCAUCCUCAACCGUACAGCCUAGAGGUCACCACGCAGCUGUACCAGACCAGACUAAGAAGAUAGGUGACUCGUGGGACCACGUCAAGGACACUGACCAAAUUCUGAAAUUUGUCAGGUCACAGUGCGAAAAGUAUGAUAUGAUUAAGGCAGAGCCCGGCGAAGUUAGGAAACCAAGAAUGUUGAUAGUAGCUAAAAACUGGAAAGAGCAUAUGCUUUUAUAUUCUAGUAAUCCUAAAACUGGGUCUACAUCAUUCAAAAAGUGGUUUACCAGAAUUCAAGGAGACCCUCGUCCAUAUAGUGAAAUGUCUGGUGUUCACUCGAUGGGGAAAUAUGGAAAUUUGAAUCAAGCCUGGGAAUUGGCCGAAUCGAAAUCAAGCGAUCCUUUUAGUGUGACACUGGGAGACGUGAUAAAACCGUUUUAUUCGGUGGGUUUUAUGAGAAAUCCCCUCUCUCGACUCAUAUCUGGUUUCAGAGAUAAAAUUCUAAGGAGAACAAACGAUGGUAUAAAACCAGAAAUGUUGAGAGUAAAUCCAGGCCUAACUGGAGAGUCGUCGGACCCAGAAAAAUUUGCAGCUUUUGCUGAGGGCGUUAUGAAAGGAAAAAUUAACAACUUCCAUUUUACGCCCCAAUGGGAUAAGAUGAAGAUAUGUGAUUUCCCUUAUGACAUGAUCGCACAGACGGAGACAACACAGCAGCAGAUUAAAGAGGUACAGGAGCACACAAACACCACUCAGUUCGAGUUUCCUGGAUCUAGAGCUGAAGUGGGUGCUGAUAGUGUUGCUACUGUUCAUUUGGCGCACGAAUUCUACGAUAAAGUAAAACCAGACAUCAUGGAGCAGAUAUAUCAGUAUUAUAAGUGGGACUUUGUGCUAAUGGGCUACACAAAACUAAGUAAUCCUAAUUUCCCUUACUUAGACUUUGAUCAGGACUUUGAUAAAGAGUUCGGUCUUUUGGGUGAGGAGGAUCCUACGAACACUAAAAAUGAACCUCCAGGCUGAUCUUGCUGAUUGAAUUUAAAUUGGAUUUUUGAUUAAAUUGUUUCUAUAGUCAGUCGAGCAUGGGCUAAUUAGACCAAGGUAUCUUUUUAAAUUCGCAUGUUGAUGGUUGUUGUACAAAGACCACUGACACAAAACGGCUUGGUUUUAGUAUUAAUCUGAAGGCGGAUUUUGCUGACUACAAAAUCAUAUGACUCCUCCGACCUUUUACAGACGAAAAUACUCUAACCAAUUUUUUGAUAAAUGUUAUUUGAUUAAAUCAAUACUUAAUCUUGUUAGAAUAUGGUGAAAAUAAAGUUGUUUUUAACCGUAGAUAUACAUUUUCAUACUUAAUUUGCUUGGUUUCGUUGAUUGAUAAUGAUUAUUGAGGUUAUUAUAUUCAGAGGUGAUUUAUUUAAUAACAAUGUUGAUUUUAUUACUACAAAAGCAAGCG